AUGAGCCCCAAGAAGGGUAAAACCGGUCGUGGGCUGUCGAAGAAUUUUCAGCAACCUUCGUACCUAUUCGGAUUAGCCCACACCAAAGGAUUGAACACUGUCAGAUGGCCGGGCUUCGAAUCCUGGCAAGGAAGACGAGAUGAGCGAGAUGGACCAAGUGGUUGGAGCGCGAAUUCACUGACCGGAAGGUUCGCGGUUCGAACCCGACCUCUGCCUCUCGACUUCUACUGUCUAGGCUUGGGCGACCUGGCACUAUCCCAUACCUCGUGCCUCCGGACCGGGAGAUCCGUGGUUCGAACCCAACAUCAGCAACUUGACUUUUCCUGUCCAGACCUGGGCAACCUGGCAGUACCACAGUCCUCGUUCUUCCUUCCGUCAGCUUGGCAGCUAGACACCAGAAAGAACGUCAGUAGUAUGCGACGGACGAGAAGUCUCGGACGUGAAUUUCACUCAUUAGAAGCGAUCACUUCCAAUGAGGAUCAAACUAUUCAAACAGAACCAUCCAAUAAAGAAUAA